GCCCCCCUCCCGGCCGCGGCCCGGCCCGGCCGCCAUCAGCGGAGAGAAGCCGCCCGGCUCCCGCCUCCGCCGCGACAUGGAGGCCGUGAAAGCCUUCAAUAGCGAGCGCGCACUUGAACACCUCGCGGAGCUACGUUUUAAAUCUGGGGAUGGGAAUACAAAGGCCUGGAGGCUCGUCUCCGUGUUUGAGAAUAGCAUAUUCGCUGUGGUCAGGAUGGAAGCAGACAUUCCUUACGUCCUGCACGGAGCUCAGGUCCUGCACCCGAGCGCUGUGCUGAAUGGGCUACGGCACCCACAAACGCGCCUACAGGCUCAGUUGUACUCGCUAAAUGAUUAUAAGCCACCCAUUUCUAAAGCUAAAAUGACACAGAUCACCAAGGCAGCAAUCAAGGCUAUAAAGUUCUACAAGCACGUUGUGCAGAGUGUUGAGAAAUUCAUUCAGAAGUGUAAACCAGAAUACAAGGUACCUGGUCUGUAUGUCAUUGACUCCAUUGUGAGACAGUCCCGGCAUCAGUUUGGGCAAGAAAAGGAUGUGUUUGCUCCAAGAUUCAGCAAUAACAUCAUCAGCACUUUCCAGAACUUGUACCGUUGUCCUGGGGAUGACAAGAGUAAAAUUGUUAGAGUGCUAAAUUUGUGGCAGAAGAAUAAUGUGUUCAAGAGUGAAAUUAUUCAGCCUCUCUUGGAUAUGGCAGCAGGAAUUCCUCCUCCAGUUGUGACCCCUGUCUUGCCCAGCACUACAGCUGCUAUGAGCAACAAUACACCAGGAACACCUGUGACUCCAGUUACUCCAGCCAAUGUGGUACAGAGUUUACCUGAUCCUUGGGUAUCCCAGAUUGCUAAUACAGAUACCCUUGCUGCUGUUGCGCAGAUUUUACAGAGUCCUCAAGGCCAACAGCUUCAGCAGUUGAUACAGACACUGCAGAUACAGCAGCAGAAGCCUCAGCCUUCACUACUUCAAGCCCUGGAUGCUGGUCUUGUUGUUCAGUUACAGGCCCUCACAGCACAGCUUACAGCUGCAGCUGCUGCUGCUAACACACUUAAUCCACUGGAACAGAGUGUCUCUUUUAAUAAGCUGAUGGACAGGUUUGACUUUGGGGAAGAAUCUGAACAAAAUGAAGAGCCUAAAAAGGAAACUCCCACUUCCCAACUGCCUUUAGUACCAGAAUCUGUGAACAACUCGCUUUUUCACCAACUAGCUGAACAGCUACAGCAACAAAAUUUAGAACAUCUCAGACAACAGCUUCUGGAGCAACAGCAGCCUCAAAAGGCAAGCCCUGAGGAGAAUCAAGAAGGAAAUUUUGGUUCAGAGCACUCUGCCUCACCAUCACAAGGGAGUAGUCAGCAGCAAUUUUUAGAAGUGGAAACAAAUGUAGAUGAUUCAAUGGAUAUUCAACAACAGGACAUGGAUAUAGAUGAAGGACAGGAUGUCGCUGAAGAAGAGAUUUUUGAACAAGAAGAAAAGAAAUCAGCUGUUCGUUCAAGAUCAAGAACUCGUUCAAGAUCUCGUUCAAGGUCACCAAGGAAACGGAGGUCUAGAUCACGAUCUGGUUCUCGUAAGCGUAAACACAGAAAACGUUCACGCUCGAGAUCAAGAGAAAGGAAGAGAAAGUCGUCUCGGUCAUAUUCCAGUGAAAGAAGGGCUAGGGAAAGGGAAAAAGAACGUCAGAAAAAGGGAUUGCCUCCUAUACGUUCAAAAACACUAAGUGUUUGCAGUACUACUCUUUGGGUAGGUCAAGUAGACAAGAAGGCUACACAGCAAGAUUUAACUAACUUGUUUGAAGAAUUUGGACAAAUAGAGUCGAUUAAUAUGAUUCCCCCAAGAGGUUGUGCUUAUGUCUGUAUGGUUCACAGACAAGAUGCAUAUCGUGCUCUUCAGAAACUUAGUUCUGGGUCCUAUAAAAUAGGAUCUAAAAUUAUUAAGAUUGCCUGGGCUUUGAACAAAGGUGUGAAAACAGAAUACAAGCAAUUCUGGGAUGUGGAUCUGGGAGUUUCAUAUAUUCCUUGGGAGAAAGUAAAAUUGGAUGAUUUGGAGGGCUUUGCUGAAGGUGGCAUGAUUGAUCAGGAAACAGUAAAUACAGAAUGGGAAACAGCCAGAAGCUCAGAAGCUGCUAAAGAAAAUAUUCAAACUACACAGAGUGCUGCAGUUGAUAAGAGUACAGUUAUUACAACGCAGACAGAAGCUUACACGCAACCAGUCACUAUGCUGCAGAUUCCAGUAGCUCCAGCUGUACCUGCUGUUAGCUUGGUUCCACCUGCGUUUCCUGUCACAAUGUCUGUCCCUCCUCCUGGUUAUAGUGCAAUUCCUCCUCCACCCUUCUUGCGAGCGAGUUUCAACCCUUCGCAGCCACCUCCAGGUUAUAUGCCUCCCCCAGUUCCACCUGUGGUCCCCCCACCUGUUGUCCCGCCACCUGUUGUCCCACCAGUUGUUCCAACACCUUUAGUCCAGCCUCCAUUACCAAUUGCACAAGAGACAAUGAAGGAUGUUCCUUUUACUAGCCUUGUUCUACCAGUUGGCACAGUUACUAGCAAUCUAGCUACUCCAACGUUAUCUGCUGGAAGUGUUUUUAAUCCUCUGCCAAUCACCAAACCAGAAUCAGAUGAAAAGGGGUCACAUCUUGCAGACCUUCAGAUUUCUUCCAGUGAAAACAGUAGAUCUGUGCAAAGUGAUGUCUCGAGUAGCUCUGGACUCGUUGGAGGAGUGCAGCCACCCAGCGUCUCAAGCAGCUCUGGGAUUACUGGAGAAGGGCAACCACCCAGCGUCUCAAGUAGCUCUGGACUUGCAGGAGGAGUACAGCCACCCAGUGUUUCAAGCAGCUCUGGACUUGUAGGAGUGCAACCACCAACUGUUUCAAGCAGUUCUGGUCUUGCAGGAGGAGUGCAGCUACCUACUGUCUCCAGUAGCUCUUCUCUUGCUGGUGGAGUUCAGCCACCCAGUGUCUCAAGUAGCUCUGGACUCAUGGCUGGAGUGCAACCACCAAACGUCUCCAGUAGCUCGGGGCUUCUAGCUGGAGUGCAUCCACCCAGUGUCUCAAGCAGCCCUGGCCUUCUGACAGGAAUGCAGCCACCCAGUGUCUCAAGCAGCUCAGGAGUUCUGGUAGGAGUACAGCCACCAAGUGUUUCGAGCAACUCUGGGCUUCUCAUAAUGCCACCACCUAAUGUUUCAAGUAGUUCUGGACUUAUGGGAGUGCCACCACCAAAUAUUUCAAGUAGUUCUGGACUUCUGGCAAUGCAGCAUCCAGCUGGGGUUCAAAACAUGCCUCAUUUAAAUAUUAGUAGUCAAAGGAUGCCGGGAAUGCCUCUUAUAGAUAUCCGUCCAGGCCUAAUGCCCCAUUCGCCUGGACCAAGGUUUCCAUUAAUGCAGCCAGGAAUGCCACCGCAGCGUAGUAUUCCUCCUCCAGCAAUCCUUGAUCCAUCUCUUCACCCACCACCUCGAGGUCCUUUUCCUCCAGGAGAUAUUUUUAAUCAAACAGAAAGACCUUUUGGAACACCAGGAAGACAAAACAUUGAUAGCAUUUCUAAUCCAGAGAAAAGACUACCGCUUGGAGGUGAUAACAUUCAGCAGGAAGGAGACAGAGAUUAUCGCUUUCCUCCAGUGGAAAACAGAGAUAAUCUUAACAGACCAUCUCCAGCGGAUGUCAGAGAUUCUGUUGGACGACCACCAGUUGAUCCAAGAGAAGGCAUAGGAAGGCCUCCAGUAGAUGGAAGAGAACACUUUGCAAGACCACAUGUAGACAUGAGAGAAAAUUUUGGAAGACCGGGUAUAGAUAACCUUGGUCGAAGAGAGCAUUUUGGUUUCAAUUCAGACAAGCACUGGGGACAGAGAGGAGAUUAUGAUGAAAGAGAGCACCAUGCCUUCCCUAUUUAUGGUGGCCCUAAAGGCUUCCAUGAAGACAGAGAGAGGUUUCGGCAUGUAAACUAUAGGUUUGAUAGUAGAAGUGGUCCCAAUUGGAACAGAGGAUUUGAACAAGAUGCUCACAGAGAUUUUGAUGACCGCAGAAGACCCUGGGAAAGACAGAGGGAUAGGGAUGACAGAGAUUUUAAUUUUUGCAGAGAAAUUAAUGGGAACAGGUUUGGAAGAGACAGAAUGUCAAACAACUGGAUCCCCCCUCCACAUCCACGGGUUUUUGAAUAUUUUGAUGGGGCCACUUCCCAACGCAAAGCCGAUAAUAUGCCCCAGGUAAACGGUGAAAAUACAGAGACAGAAAGUCAGCCACCAACUGCACAGGUGCAGGAUGAUCCAGAACUUUAUGAAAAACUGACAUCUUCCGUCGAGAUAAACAAAGAGAAGAGUGACACAGAAGCUGAUAUAGAAAGUGAACCAGUGGUAGAAAGCACAGAAACUGAGGGGACAUAAUCAUCACUCAGUAGGUAAAAGAUACCUUUUGUAAAGUUGUCAUCUCUCUGUAAUAGAUAAAUGGCUGACUGGACCGUAGCAGUUCACUUUUGUCUGCCAGAAUUAAGUUAAUCUGAUGUUCAUGUUCAUCUUUCACUUAAAUAACUGUACAACUGACUUGUAUAGAACACUGUUCUUAAUUUGAACAUGGUAGGUAAACAUUUUUUUUUAUUUCUCUGGUAAAGCAUAAAUUUUCCCCCACUUGCUUUUAAUUUCACAAAGAUAAAAUAACAGCUUGUCAAACAAAGACUUCCUAUGGAAGAAAAUGGAAUUUUUUAGAUACUACCCUUAGGUUGGCUAUCGAAAUUGUUAUACUUGAAAACAGGUGCUGGUGUAUCUUGUCCGUGUUUUUAGGCUGCUGCAGAAUCUUAAAGUAUAGACAAAGCUGUGAUAUUUUAUGUUCCUACAAUUCGGCAGAAAAUGAAAUGGCCCAUGUUAUAUAAGGAGCAUAACACAGAGAUUAAAAGUGAUUUUGUAAAAUCUACACUAUAGUCUCUGUUUUCUCUAAAGUAAGUGUUUGUGAUUUGUUCCUCGUACUGCAGUGGGUUUAAAAAAAUGAAAAAAUACAUUUUAAUGUUGGGUGCAUUUUGUUUUUAGAUGCCAAUAAAGCAUAUUUGUUUGAUAACAGUGUUCUAGGUAUUGUAUUUUUUUAAAAACCUGCAAGCUCUAAAAACUUGGAAUCAGCUAUAAUAUGUGCUUAGCUAGUCGUUGCAAAAGGUUUAUAUUACUUUUGUAAGACCAAUGCAACAGUUAUAUGUGCAAGAAGCAUAUGGUUUUUAGAUCGAAAAUCAUGCAGUCAUAUUAGUUUAUGUAAAUAAUAUAUGUAUGUAAAUAUUUGUGUAAACUGUUUGUAGAUACCACUUUUCUGUGCGUGCCUGUGUAUGUGCACACACUCACAGAAUACUGUAGACAGUUCAAUAAAACUGAAAUGAAACUAGGUUGUAAAAAGUUGCCUUUCACCUUCUUUAGGUAGUAAGAUAACAAAACUUCACUGCAAUACUGUCAACCUUAUAUUUACCUUCUCAUGCUCAUUGUUAUGAUGUUCUUGCUACUUCUAGAAGGUGGAACAUGAUGUACUGUAAGAAUAUGCAGUAGGAUUUUAGCUUACUUUUUAAAAUGCAGAUAUGCAUGAAGCCAAACCUUAAGCAAAUAUUUGCAUUGUCUUAUUUUGUAAUAUAUUUGGUAUUCUGGAUAGAUAGUGGUAGUGUUCCAGUACUUUGUGGUUAUUUGUUUUUAGUGAUUCAAAGUCCAGAAAUGUUGCACGAAAAGUAAAAUGCUGUUGUUGGUCUAAAAAACCCUACAUGUUUUUAACAGAAAUAAGGGGGGCUUUGUGUUUUGAUGGCUUAAUAUUGGAGUAGAACCUCUUGUUAAAUUGUUGAGAUGAAUUGGCUGCUUAGGUAAAUUAGUAGUGCUAUUCUCUCCUGUUUCACCUACUUUGCUGCUUGUGUAUUCUUUAAAUUGGUGGUGAAAGAUUUGGCUCUAGGGUAAUGCCAGAUUUUCAAUUUGUUUCACUGAAGUGCAUUUCACCAACUUCUUUCAACAUAACUUUUGUUAAAAUUCUGUGUCUGAAAUCAUCCUUUCACUCAGUUUUGAGAAAGUUGUUUUUCUUUUGCAUAAUAGGAUCCAAGGGUAGAUUCUGUUACAUGAAUGCCCCUUUGGUAGAAGAAACAUUUUUAGCUCAGAUCAGAAUUUUGAUCUUUAACAUUGAAACGUUAACAUGCAAGUUUUAAUUCCCCUUCUGCUUCCCCCAAAGGGAUCAAAGUAUGAGAAUGUCACAUGAGUGUAAAGCAUAAGCAUGUCUUUGUAGAAGCAAGUUACGCAUGUGUGUGUUGCCCUCUCCCUCUGGGAGGUGGAGUAUUUUUUCAUGCUGUGUCAUGGUUCAGUUUUUCAAUUACAAGGACUUUUAUUCUGGAUAGUAAACAAACUGUCAGCUUAAUGAAGGUAGCCUUUUGAAAGAGUGGACUUGAAUGAAUGAUUCUUUAUCUACUGUGCAAGUAGUAGUUAUUAGGAUGUAGUGAGGUAUGCAUUAAAUAACUAUUGCUUUGUAAUAGACCUUGCUGAUGUGUUUAUUACCAGAACGUGUCUCGGGAUUUGAGAUGAACAAUGUUUAAGGUAAAAUACCUUCAUGAGCAGACUCUGGCUCAAAGAACUUGGCUGAUGCUGCUGCACCACCUACUAGUAGUAUUCUGGUCAGGCGGAUAUGGUUGUGUGGAAGUCCAAAUGCACAAAAUAGCUAUAAAGGGUACUUUAUGAACGUAAGAGAUUUUCUUUAUUUCAUUUUAAUAUGUGCAGUUUGAAAAGGCUUCAGUCAUAUAGACCACAUAAAUACUCAGAAUCAAACACAUAUUGGCAGUAGCUUUUCUUUUCAAACAUUUUGUUAAAUGCCUCUUUAAAACUGAAAGUUAAUCUGUUUUUGUUUUUCUAAACUGGGACUGGCAGUAUGCUGAAUUGCUCAUAGUAUGAUGGUUUAGGUAAAUUACUACGUGAGAGAUGUUAAACAAUUUGGUUGGUAGUGGUAUAAAACAAUGUAUUAUUUAAUGAUUUUUCAUCUUUGUUAAUCUCUUUCAAGCAUUAAUAAAUUGGCUACUGUACAUAUGUGUUAUACCAUCAAUUUUUAACAGCUAUUUUAUUUUUUUGUAGAAUAAAAGUUUGUUGUACAGUGUUCAGUUGCAUCAUGUUUACAGCUAGAAUGGUUCCAUUUCUUAUUUUAUUAAUGUAGACUGCAGACAAAUGCUAUCAAAAUAGCCAUAUUCAGAAACUCAGAAGGGACUUAAUAUUACCGAAACAGUAUGGUUUCUUUAUCUUGCCAGUAGGAAUUUUUAAAUCUUUUAGAGUUUAAGUGAAGACUUUCUUUUCUCACUGUAGAUUA